AUGGUACCCGAGAAGAAAGCAAGAAAAGCUGCAAUUGAUUAUGUUGUGAAGAAAGCCUUCGCUGUUUGGGAGGAUUCAUCAAAUGAGUCAAAAGAAUCAGAAUGUCCCGAAGAUGCAUCCAUGCUAGCAAUUAAAGACGAUGAGAAUGUGUUCAAUGGCAUGUUUACAUUCAUGGCUAAAUCUAACGACGAGGAAGAUGAAGAAAAGGUAACUCUCUUUGACCUUAAACAAAACUUGAAUGCUUAUUCUGUUAGAAGGUUGGGAAAUCUAGUUGUUGUUCUGAUUGACUCUGUUAUAGAGUUAACAACUGAAAUGGACUCUAUGAACAAUAGUCUAGACAAGUUUAGUGAAGAAAAGAUAGCAUUGACUUUUCACAUGUCUGUUAUCGAGGAACAAUUGACAGUUCUAGAAACUGAAAAUCUAGAACUCAAGGAACAACAUAAUGAAUGUAGAAAUCUAGCAAAAGAAAGGGAGAGGCUAGGGAGUGAAGGAAGUAGCAGUCAAGGCUUCAUGGAUAGUGGAUGCUGGAAGCAUAUGACUGGAAAGACUGAAAACUUCCUUUCACUCAAGGCACUUGAAGGUGGAGGUGUCUCUUUUGGUGAUGGAAAGAAGGGGUAUAUUCUUGGAGUUAGCAGAAUUGGGAAAUCACUGGAACACUCUAUUGAAAAUGUCUACUAUGUGGGUGGAUUAAAAUACAGUCUUCUUAGUGUUUCCCAAAUAUGUGACAAGGGAAACGAAGUUAAAUUUCUAUUAGAAAAAUGCAUUGUUACCAGCUUGUCAACUAAAGAGGUCAUCCUGACGGUCAGAAGAAGGCAAAAGAAUAUGUAUGUGGCAGACCUGGAUACUGCUCAGGGAGACGAUCUGACAUGUCUGAGCGCUCAAAGUGAAAAUGCCAUCUUAUGGCAUAGGAGGCUAGGUAAUGUGAGCUCUUUUCUACUGAACAAACUUGUCUCAGGGGACCUGGUUUGUGGCUUACCAAAAUUGAAGUUCAGUGACAACAAGGUGUGUGAUGCAUGCGUCAAAGGGAAACAGACCAGAUCCUCAUUCAAGCCAAAGAAGCAAAUGAGCUCGUCAAGAGCUCUUGAGUUGAUUCACAUGGAUCUGUGUGGGCAUGUGAAAAUUCAAAGUAAAGGUGGAAAGAAGUACAUUCUGGUGAUUGUGGAUGGUUACUCAAGGUUCACUUGGACUAUGUUCCUCAAGUCUAAAUGUGAGAUGGUUGAUGUUCUAAUGAUAUUCAUUAAAAUGAUUCAGACAGAGCUUAACUACAAGAUUGCAGGGAUCAUGUCCGAUCAUGGAAGUGAGUUUGAGAAUGAAAAGCUUGAUACCUUAUGUGCUGACAACGGUAUUCAUGAUAACUUCUCAGCACCCAGAACAUCUCAACAAAAUGGUGUUGUUGAAAGAAAGAACAUAACUCUGGUUGAUAUUGCCAAAACCAUGCUCAUAGAGUCAAAUCUUCCUCGGAACUUCCGGGCUAAAGCAGUUAACACUGCAUGCUACGUAACUAACAGGUGUUUGAUCAGGUCUUUACUGAACAAAACACCAUAUGAGCUACUCAACAUUAGGAAGCCCAAACUGAAUUAUUUAAGGGCUUUUGGUUGCAAGUGUUUUGUGCUGAACAAUGGCAAGGAUGAUCUAGGAAAGUUUUACCCUAGAAGUGAUGAAGGUGUGUUCGUAGGAGAUGAAGUAAAUAAUCUACGAGCUGAAGGAAAUCAAAACCAUGAUGGUGUUGAUUCCGGUCAAUCUGGGAAGGUUAAUGAAGCUGACAAGUCCGACGAGGGACCUGGUCCAUCCAACAAUGCAGAUCAGGAGGAGUCACCUCAAUCUGAGAAUGAUGCUUCCAAAAAUGAAGAAGAGUGGGUGUUCAGAAACAAGCUUGAUGAAAAUGGAGUCAUUACACGAAACAAGUCAAGAUUGGUGGUUCAGGGCUAUAAUCAAGAGGAAGGCAUCGACUAUGAUGAAGCAUUUGCUCCUGUUGCUAGAAUGGAGGCUAUCAGAAUUCUUAUUGCUUUUGCAGCCUUCAUGGAAUUCAAGCUCUUCCAAAUGGAUGUCAAAAGUGCCUUUCUAAAUGGUGACUUGAAGGAAGAGGUGUAUGUAAAACAACCACCUGGUUUUGAAGAUGUUGACUGCCCAAACCAUGUGUUUAAACUCAAUAAGGCCCUGUACGAACUGAAACAAGCUCCUAGAGCUUGGUAUGAGCGGCUGUCUAGAUUUCUUUUAAAGAAUGGAUUCAAAAGGGGAAAGAUAGACAACACGUUAUUUCUGAAGAAAAGGGACAAGGAAUUGCUCAUCAUCCAGGUGUAUGUGGAUGAUAUUAUUUUUGGAGCUACCUCUGAAGUUCUUUGUGAAGAAUUUGCCACUUUGAUGGGGAAUGAAUUUGAGAUGAGCAUGAUGGGAGAAUUGAACUUCUUCUUAGGACUGCAGAUCAAGAAAACCUCAAGUGGUACCUCAAUCUGUCAAGAGAAGUACAUAAAGAAGUUUCUAAAGAAGUUUCAUAUGGUUGACUCCAAGCCUAUUGACAUCCCCAUGGGUACAAACUCAAAGAUGGGAGAAGAUGAGUUUGAUGCUUUGGUGAAUCAAACUAUGUAUAGAGCAAUUAUUGGAUCACUACUACAUCCAACAGCAAGCAGACCUGACAUUGUCUUCAGUGUAGGCAUGUGCGCAAGGUUUCAAGCAUGUCCCAGGGAAUCACAUCUGAAAGUAGCCAAGUGGAUUUUCAAGGUAUCUAAAGAAGACGGUGACCUGGUCCUCUUCUAUCUAGCAGGAGACUCUUUUGAUCUGGUAGGGUAUGCAGAUGCUGAUUUUGCAGGCUAUUAG